GUUCCGUCCGUCCAUUUUCAUUCAUUCAGCAAAAUCAAAAAAACGACGAAGGAAAAGAAAAAGAAAUUUCUUUUAUUUGCAUAGCUUAAAUAUAUUUAUUAGAUAAUGUGAGUCGGUAUAAUUUAUGUUGUUGGUGUUAAUUUUCCAUAGCUUUAUUGGGGAGAUAUAAAAAGGACGAGUUUUUAACGGAAGAAAGUUUGGUGUAAGUUCACCAGCAUACAGAACUAGGUAACCGUUCAAAAUGGAAGAUGAGAAUGAAUAUAAGAAGCUGCCCACGGAUGAGAAAUGUGUUCACAAAUUAUGGAAGGCAAGAGUUGCUGGUUAUGAGGAAGCAAUUAAACUUUUCAAUCAAAUUGAUGAUGAGAAAUCACCUGAAUGGAACAAGUACCUGGGACUUAUAAAGAAAUUUGUCACUGACAGCAAUGCUGUUGCACAAGAAAAAGGUCUGGAAGCGGCGUUGGUGUUUGUGGAAAACUGCGGUCAUGCUGGCAAAACGGCUGGCGAAGUUAUGUCGGGCAUUGUCGCCAAGUGCAUAGCGGCGCCAAAAACCAAGACUAAAGACUUGGCUUUACAGGUCACCCUUAUGUAUGUAGAAAUAGAAAAACACGAAGUUGUGGAAGAAGAACUGCUCAAAGGUAUGGAGCAAAAGAAUCCCAAAGUGGUUGCAGCAUGCGUGUCGACUCUCAACACAUCACUGAAACAGUUUGGUAACAAAGUCAUUGCGAUCAAACCUAUGGUGAAGAAGAUACCAUUGUUACUAGCAGACAGAGACAAGGGUGUAAGAGAUGAGAUGAAGGCUCUGGUCAUUGAAAUGCACAGAUGGAUAGGUCCCGCUAUAGAGCCGCAUAUAGCAUCCCUACAAGCCGUAGUGCAGCAAGAGUUACGGGAAUCCUUCAGCGCGGGUGGUGGGGGCGCGCAGCCUACUAGAUAUCUUCGUUCGCAGCAACACCGCGUCAGAGAUGCGCCUGCCGCUGAUUCUGCUGACGGAGCGGCUGAAGACGACGACGCAGAGACUGGGGGCGGUGAUUCUGGCGAUGUGGACGCUUACGAACUCCUCGACCCUGUGGAAAUAUUGUCCAAGCUACCUAAAGACUUUUACGAUAAACUGGAGCAGAAGAAAUGGCAGGAGCGAAAGGAAGCCUUGGACUCUUUGGACAACUUAUUGAAGACCGCUCCACGGUUGGAGCCUGGGGACUACGCUGACUUGGUUAGAGCUUUGAAGAAGGUGAUAUCGAAGGACACAAACGUAAUGUUGGUGGCUUUGGGUGGUCGCUUACUGGGAAUGGUGGCGACAGGACUUCGGAACAAAUUUCAACCUUAUGCGACGGCCUGCGUUCAAGCGAUAUUAGAGAAGUUCAAGGAGAAGAAAUCGAAUGUAGUCGCAGCUUUGAGAGAGGCUAUUGACGCUAUAUACCCUUGUACUAACUUGGAAGCAAUUAUGGAGGACAUGCUAGCAGCAUUCGACAACAAGAAUCCGUCUAUUAAAGCGGAGAGCUCAUUGUUCCUCGCCAGAGCUCUGUGUCACACUCAACCCGCUGCUUUCAACAAGAAACUCAUCAAGGCUUACGUCGCUGGGCUACUGAAAUUGCUGGAAAGUGCUGACCCAUCCGUCAGAGAUGCGGCUGCAGAAGCUCUGGGUACUGCGACCAAGCUCGUCGGCGAGAAGAAUAUCGCUCCACAUAUCGGCAAGAUCGACAACUUGAAGGAGCAGAAGAUUAAAGAGUUUGCUGAUAAGGCCGUGAUACAAGUAAAGGUUGCAGCACCGAAAAAAGAAACGAAGCCCAAAGCCGCGGCGCCGACUGCCAAAGGCGACACUAAGUCUACGGCUGGAUCUACACAACCAAAGGCUGUUAAACGGCCAACUACGGGUUUAACUAAAAAGCCGGCGGCUAAGAAGCCGGGCGUGGCCAGUAGGGGAGUUUCCACGCCCCCACGAGAGGCGGAACUGUCGACUGAAGAGGUGGAUGCUGUCGCCACUGAACUGUUAGGGGGAGAUGUGCUUACAGGUCUUGGGGACGGCAAUUGGAAGAGCCGCCUAUCAGCGGUGCAGAGCUUCCAUUCCACCGUCCAGGGUUUGAGUUCUAGCGAUGUUUCUGCUCAAGUCCUAUACCGCACUUUGAACAAGAAGCCUGGCCUUAAAGAUACCAAUGUGCAAGUGUUGAAAGCGAGACUUGAAGCGUGCAAAUACAUUACGGAAAACUUUCCUGUAUCUACAACCGCAGCAGACUUCGUCCUACAAGACGUGGUAGCUAAGCUAGGCGAGGCAUCAUGCGCCGCAAUAUCUGCUGAAAACCUCACCUGUCUUGCUGAAGCUUGUGGCCUAGAACAUGUGCUUAAUGAAGGACUAACCUUUGCAAUGGACUCGCAGAAGAACCCGAAGGUGCAAUCGGAGAUGUUCAAUUGGAUGUCCAAUGCUAUAAAGGAGUUUGGAUUUAGCAUGGGCAUACGGUCCAUAAUUGCGCAUUCCAAGAAGGCUCUGUCUGCAACGAAUCCCAACGUGCGCACAUCGACGGUGAAUUUCCUCGGAAUAUUGUCUCUGUACGUGGGGCCGUCGCUCAUCUCCCACUUCGACUCCGAGAAGCCAGCCACCAAGCAACUUAUAAGCUUGGAGUUGGACAAAUACGCGAAUAGUACGCCGCCGACGCCUACAAGGCAAUUGGGGAGUGUGAGCAAGUCUGCAAGCAAAGCGUCGAUGGGCGAUGAUAUAGAAGAGACAUACGAAGAUGCGACAGAAGACGAACCGCCCGCCGUAGACGACACGCGGCCCAGAACAGAUAUCGCACCGCUCAUCACAGAUGCACUCAUCGCUGAGAUCAACGACAAGAAUUGGAAGGUUCGUAACGAGGCCCUAGACAAGUUAAAAACUUUGAUAGCCAGCUCUUCACCCAUAAAACCGUCUCUGGGCGAAUUGCCGCCUGCCCUGGUGGCCCGCCUCCUAGACUCCAACUCGAAGCUGGCACAAAGCGCGCUGCAGAUCUGCGAGAGUCUAUCAGUGGCCAUAGGACCGCGGUGCAAGCAACACGCGAGGACGUUCUUCCCGGCCUUCUUUCAAGCGUUUGGCGACAGUAAGCAAUGGAUUCGCACGGCUGCAGUUGCUUGCGUAGAAACGUGGUGCCGUGAAGCUGGCCCGGCUGCCCCCCUCGAAGGGGAGAUGAUAUUCGACGCUCUAAAGGCUGGAUCGCCAGUACUGAGGGCAUCGCUACUGCAGUGGCUAGCUGAGCAUCUGCCCCAAGUGCCAGCGAAGUCCUUCCCCCGUGAGGAGCUGACCGUAUGCGUGGGCACACUGUAUGCGUGCAUAGAGGACCGCGCCGCCGACGUGAGGAAGGCCGCCGCCGACUGCGUGUUCCCCUUCAUGCUGCACCUGGGCUACGACGCGAUGCACAAACAGCUCGACAAACUGAAGCCGGGUUCCAAGUCAGUGGUGCAAGCUGCUUUGGACAAAGCUCGUCCUUUACUACCGGUACAACCUCUGCCUUCGAAGGGCAAGAAAGAAGAACCACGUGGUGUCAAAACGGCGGGCGCUCUCAAGAAGGACGCUGAGAAGAAAGGCACCAUAGCUGUUAAGAGCAAGGGCCCCGCGAAGCCGACCUCUGCCUCCAGCCGCGGCAAGAAAGACGAUGAGGAUUGCUCGCCACUGCUGCCCAACAACAACGCGAAGAACCAGCGCAUCAUCGACGAUCAAAAACUUAAAGUGCUGAAAUGGAACUUCACAACACCUCGGGAAGAGUUCUUUGAACUGCUGAAGGAGCAGAUGGGCACAGCUGGUUUGAAUAAACAACUUGUUGCCAACAUGUUCCACAGCGAUUUUAGAUACCACCUCAAAGCCAUCGAGGCUCUCUCCGAAGAUCUGCACGACAACGGUCCCGCCCUCAUGGCCAACUUGGACCUAGUGCUGAAAUGGUUGACGCUGCGAUUCUUUGAUACCAAUCCCUCGGUCAUCCUCAAGGGUCUGGAGUAUCUGUCGCUGGUAUUCCAGUACCUUAUGGACAGUGAUUACACUAUGGCGGAGUAUGAGGCGAACUGUUUCAUACCAUAUUUAGUCCUCAAGGUGGGAGACCCCAAAGACACAGUUCGCAACGGCGUCAAAGCGUUGUUCAGACAGAUUUGCGUCGUUUACUCCGUCACCAAACUGUUCGGCUACCUGAUGGAGGGGCUCAAGUCCAAGAACGCCAGACAGAGAGCAGAAUGCCUUGAAUGCAUCGGGCAUCUGCUAGAAACGUACGGGUCCACAGUAAUGUCAGGCUCAGGUGGCGCCUCGUUGAAGGAACUGGCUCGACACAUCGGCGACCGCGACAACGCCGUACGAUCCGCCGCGCUCAACGCCGUCGCCAGCACCUACUUCCUCGAGGGAGAGAAGGUGUACAAGAUGAUCGGACAGAUAUCAGACAAAGAUUUGUCCCUGUUGGAGGAACGAAUAAAACGCGCGAGCAAGAGUCGAAGCGCGGAAGCACGACGCUCGAUGGUGGUGCCGCUCUCUGCCACCGGCAAACCCAUACUGCAGCAACCAGAGGAGGAGCCUCCACGUCGCGUCAUUUCCGUGGACACGGCACCCACAGAAUAUCCGGAAGAAGAAGAGGAAGAGGAAGAACCUCCGCCGCCAGUUAAUCCCAGGCCGGCUCCGGAGCCGCGCGUGAUCACUGGCCCGUUCGGCCUUGACCCCGAGCUGAUCGCGCAGUUGGACGCGGCGGUUCCCGUACUAAAACGUCCCGCAUUACCGGAACUGGAUCUACGGUUCUUGGACGAACCGCUGCCCGCCGCCCCCCGCCCUACCGCGCCGCCUCCUCGCGCCCGCCCCCACACCACCAGCAUGGUGCCAAUGUCCCCGCCGAGACAUAUGACGCCACACCCGCUGGUGUCGCAACAACACACGCUUUCGUCGGUGGACGAUUCCCAAUUGGCAGACACCAUCCAUUCGAUAGCGAGUCCGGACCUCAAUGCGGCCAUCCGUGCUCUCUCACUCAUCUCCGGCGCGUUAGUAUCAGGACGCGGUGCAGCGCUUGCAGCGCAUGAACAACGCUUAGUUAGCGCUGUAGCGGCCCAAGUGAGGCGUUUGCGGACCGGCGCCUGCAAUGUAACCCCUGAGGAAGCCCUGCCAGCGUAUAAAUAUUUAGCCGGCGCUCUUACAACGUUCUACGACACGGCCGGCUGCGGCGCGCAAGUGGGCGAAUCGGCGCUAUGCUCUCUACUCGGCGAGCUCCUCCGCGUAUUGGGAGCGGAGGCGGGAGCGGGAGCGGGCGCGGACGCGGAACGCUUGGUGCGGGUGCUGAACAACGUGUGUGUGCGGGUGCUGGAGCACUCGCCGCGCACCGCGUUACUAUGUGCCAUAGUGUCACUACUCCACGACUCCAUCGGUGUGUCAGAGCCGGCGUACCCACGUUACCAGGAUCUGCUUCUCAAGUGCUUCUGGAAGACCCUCAAAAUGAUCUCCGGAUGGGACGUCAACUCCAUAGACUACGAUGCGGUGCUGUACAAGAUACAUCUGUUCUACACUGCUUACCCUAAUAGCUAUUGGAAGAAGAAUCCCGAUAUAAGCGACACACCGUACAGGACAGUGAAAACUCUGGUUCAUACUCUAGUCAAAAUCAAGGGUGCUUCCAUCACGAACCAUCUCACGCAAAUACCAGAUGUCAACGAAUCGGAUCUGUACCCGUACUUGCUAAAAGUGUUAAAGCAACUCAAACUGGAUGAAAAGAAAGAGAACACAUCGGAUGCCAUAAACGGCAGCUCAGUGCUGGGCGUGGGCAAUAACGCGGCAUUGAACUCGGGCCGAUUGCCGCGAGCUUUGCACGAAGAACUGGCACAAAUACUGAAGCGGAUCGGCACUAAGGAGCAUAACAAGGAUGCUCUCGCACAGCUAUAUGACCUCAGGGAACGUCACCCAGAAGUGGAUAUUUGGACCUUCAUGCAAGGCUCAUCGUUCUACUUCCGUAACUACGUGGAACGCGGCCUCAGGGAGGUGGCAGAACAACGCAAGCUCAACUCCAUACCCGUCUACAAGCACGACUACAAGCAACACAAUAUAGACAUUAGCAACGAAAAUGAUGAGAAAUCACAUGUAAUGUUCUUAGAACGAUUACGUGCUUUACAAGCGAAAGCAGGUUUGAAGAGUGAAUCUACGCCAUCAUCACAACCCCGAACUCCGAUGGGAGACAACCGGAGUCUAGCAGAUUCCAUUAACGAGAACACACUGCCUAGAGCGCACAGCAUCGACCCGCAGCUAGAGUUACACACAACACAACCGGUAUCUCACAAGAACGAGGCAGCCGUAGACGCGCUCAGACUAAAAUUACAACAGAUCAAGAGCUCCUCGAAGAGAUAAGGUUGUCCCUUUCUCACCACACCCGGAUUUGUAGCUCUCUCAUUCACGUUUUGAUCAUCACACGUUCAAGCGACUUUACACCAUUCGGUAUUGUAAAAAGGAUGAAAUCUGCACUGACACCACCUCAACGAGUGAACUGAACACUAAUUUUGAGGUUUCAAUGGCAGUGACCAUUAUUUUGUGGAAGGAUUUUUAACAGCUACAACACGAUUUAUUACAUGACCAUUUAAUCUCAUACCUAUAUAUUCGUCGAGUCCUUAGUAUUAAAAAAUCCUAUAGUAAUUACUUUAAUGGCCUAUGUGUGUCUUAUUAAACGUCCAAUGAUACUCUCCCUCGACUAUGUGUUUAAAAAACAUGACAAUAUAUGGCAUUCGAUAUCGCCAAAGACAGGGUAAAAAGCUUAAAAAAACCACGCAUAGUGUACGACGGUAUGUGUUUUGUCAAAAUGUUAGUGUUGAUCGUUGAAUGAAAAAAUUCCAAAUGAAUUUCUAAUUAGUCCAUUAGCGACUAAUGUUCAUGUUUACUUUAAUGUUGGCUUGCUAAUUGACUCAUAAGUAAUUCUGCACCUCAGGACCCAUUCAUGUUGUUUGAAUAAAAAUAAAUAAAAAAAUAUGCAUAGCUUUUUGCCAAGUCGAGCAAUAUCGGUUAGUUGAGCAUAACUUCACUUGUUGUUAUGAAUGUUAAUGAGUAAAGUGCAAAGGGCACUUUAAAUUAUAAACACAUGCAUUUCAACAUUAUCACUUAACAUGCACGCCAAAAAGUAAUCUAGUGCUUAACAUUUGGAAUCACUUUGGAUUUGUAAAAGAAUCGUAUUUCUGUUCCAAAAUUGUUAGUUGCGAAUGCCCUUUUUCUUAUUAUAACAUUAUAAAGAGGCAUAUUGCCAGAACUAAGUUGUAUAGAACCUCCAUGAUUUUCGGCUACACUCAUUUCUAUGUAUGUAUGUUAAAAUUUAAAUACUGUAAUAAUGUGAUUAUUAAAAUACCUGCAUUUCACAUGGCUAUUCGUAUUUGCAAACUUGAGAACAGUCUUUUCUUUUUACUCUAUCAAAACAACUUACUGUCAGUAUGACAAACAGCUAAUACGAAUAACCAUGCCAAGUGCUUGCAUGACGUGUGUGCACAAUGAUAUGAAUUUGCACGUUGUUAGUAACACUAAGAAACGACUCUUGCCCCAUCAAUUAAUACUUGGAUAUAUUUGGCCUCUGUAGAUAGAGUAGUACCGAUGAAAUUUAGAUUUUCACUCUAAUUGUUAUUUUAUAUCUCUGAAUUUUAAAGGGAUUUGGCAAAUCGUUGAUUUGGAGUGCCGAAUUCGAAUUUACCUUUGAAUCACGGUAAACUAAUUUGGCAACUAAGUUUUCCCAUCCAGUGAUAAUAAUGCCAUGUAAAACAAAAAUAUAUAACACGUGUACUCAACCAUACUAUCUAACCAAUUACCACAAUAAUCGAUGUUAUGAAAUCUUAAGGUAAUAAAGUGAUUAGUUAGUAAAUAGACCAGUUGUAGGACAAUUGUGAAACCUUAAUUGUAUUGUUGGCUAAUAGAUUGAUAGGUAUGCUCCGAUUUUUACGAUACCAUAGCUGCUAUAUAUUGUAACACUGAAUACGAGCACGAAAAAAAGCGGCGAUGGUAGGUUAUCUACAAAAGAAUUCCAUUGUCAUUAUGCUUUCAAUUACAUAUUACGACCCUAGUAGUGAAAGUUGAUUGCUAUCAAUAUAGUUUUCAUUAUGAUUGAAGACUAUAAUUGAUAUAUUGUUUGAUUUUCGUGUUCUUUAUAGAGUGGGUUUUGUUUGGUUGUGUUUGAUAAUUUUCAAAGAAAUGUUUUUAAAUUGACUUAAUGUUUGAGAAAAGCAUGAUAAUGUACAUUUACUAUUCAUGUAAGUUGUCUGGAGGCAGGAUACUGAAAUCAAUUUAAUUAUUACUCUUGUUAUAGUUCCAACAAUCGCAAUUGAAAAUAGGCUGAUGGAAAAAAUUAUGUUUGGCAAAGUUUAUUCAUAUGAAACUGAUCAGUUUUAGAAUUGAAAAUGUUAGUUUUAGUUACUUCACAGAUGUGUUGUGUUUUAAACUCUUCUUUUUAUUAUAGUUCGGUUUGCCAUCAUCCAGUAGGUUUGUUAGAAAUCUUUUAAGCUUGGAUGAGGUUGGGCGUUAUGAUUUGUGGAUUCACAUAUUCUGAAGUUCAAAUACGUAAAUUUUAACAUUCCUCUCAGUAUUGGUUUUUCUACGUAGACUUAAUUGUUCAUUUCACCCCAUCACAAAUAUUUAUCUAACAUCAUCGUUAUUCUCACAAACUCGUUAUCAAUUUUAGAUUGGUUCUUAAUUUAAAUUUUAGUAUUUCAAGGGAGACUUUAUGACGGGAGUGAAGCUGUUGGAUAAGAGUUGUUCCCACAGUCAACAAGAGUGAGAAUCAUUCAUAAUACGGCUUUUCACGAUUUCCUUUAUAUAGCGGUUAGGGUCGGCGUUCACUUGUCUCAUUUUUUGUUAGGAUAAGAUAGAACCAACCAACAAUCGAUUCGACAAGUUAUAAAUGUCAUGGUGCCAGAUUCGUCAAGUUUGUUGAUGUAUUGUUUUGUUUGUCCAGGUUUAAUUACCAUAUUAUGUUUAUUACUGUUAGGUUAAUGAUCAUACUCUGUAGUUUAAAAUAUUAUUUUGCUUUUUUUACCUACUGUUUGACAUCAUUAAUAAUUGUGAACAUUUAUUUAUUGUAUGUAAAUUAAUAUUGUAAAAUCAUGAUGUAACAAUGAUGAAUAAAGUUCAUACAACACUGUAUAAAAAAC